ACCCGAGGCCCAAAGCGUUGAGCUUCUGAAGCGGGGAAUCCAAAAGUAGGCCCAAAAUAACAUUUUCCCCAGCAAGCCCCAAACCGGCGAACCCAGCCAGGCCUGCUGCUGGCGUCACCACCGGCACCCAGGCAUUCCCCACCGCAACGCCAGCCGCGCACCGCACGGGAGAAUCCGGAGCCGCCGCCCUGCCUUCCGCUGACGCAGCCCGCAGCUUCCAAAAACUCUUCUUGCUCAGCUCAGUCACCUGACCUCCACCGUUCCUUCGUCGUCGCUCUCGGUCCACCUACCGAAGGAGCGCGACAUGCAGACGGUACGAGGUGUGGUGCUGCAGCACCUCCGGCUCCGCGCGGCGCCUGCCAUCGCUGCACGUGGAGGCAGCGGGAGGCCGGCGCUGUACGGGUUCGCUCGGGGGAUGAGCGCGCCGGCGGGCCAGGAGGACAGUAAGGGAAGCAGCAGCCCCGACCCCGAGAGGGACAUCAGGACGCGCGUCGUUAACCUGGUCAAGAAGUUCGACAAGAUCGACGCCGACAAGGUGACUGAGACUGCAGACUUCCAAAAGGACCUGAGCUUGGACAGUUUAGACCGGGUGGAACUUGUUAUGGCUUUUGAACAAGAGUUCUCCAUUGAGAUUCCUGAUGACAAGGCUGACAAGCUAACCUGCUGUGCGGAUGUUGCAAAAUACAUCAUAUCGGAAUCUCAAAUCAGCGAUAAAAGUGCCGGUGGCUCCUGAGGGGCAGAUGAAAGCGAGUGCAAUGUUUCUUUUUGUGCUUAAAUGAAUCUUGGUUAGAAAGGGUGAUUUAUGCGCAGGGUUUCUUUUCACUUUUUCCAGUAUGGAAGGAAAUGCUCUUCAAAUGCCUUAUAUAGUCUGUUAAUGUGAAAAUAUCUCUACCUUGGUAGUUUAUUACAAGGGAAGGUUUUUAUGUCGAUCAUGGUUGAUGUUCAUGUCUUACAAUACUGAAUUCUAUCAGCAUAGCCAAUGUUAUGUGUUUUCUUUAAAGUGAUCUUUUUUUUUAAAAAAAAAUCUCCUGCUAUGGAUAUUUUGGUUCUUUUAACUGCUGCUGUCCAGAAUAUUUCUGACCUGUGAUAUCAACUGACAACCACCAAAUGGUUGGCAUGCGACGUGGUGCCAUAUGACUGGACCACGUCACUGCAACUUGUGACCCCUCAUGCUAUGGAAGAGAUCGAGCCAGGGUAGCACUCGCCUUAUCCACCACUUCUGUUCCUGAACACCGUCACACAAGUACUACUACCAUAUCAUGUGAUGUGCAUGAGGCAGGGGAGUGCUUUGCUCCUCCACACCAGCCCAGCCAUGGCCAAGGUAGCUCCUCCUCUCCUCGCCGCUGGGAGCUGCACCGCCAUCACAGCCCAGCCUUCGUCGAGGAAAGGCGCUGCCGGUUUGUUCGCCAGUCACAUCGUCAGCAAGCGUGCAAGGAUAAUAGCGAAGCUUGGAGGAGAUGGUGAGCUGAAGCCUCCAGGCAAGAAGAAGUUCAUCACCAGGGAAGAGGAGCCAGAACAGUACUGGCAGACUGCAGGGGAGAGGGAGGGCGAGAACCCCAUGAUGACACCCCUGCCCUACAUCAUCAUCUUUGGCAUGUCCACCCCCUUCGUCAUCCUCGCCAUCGCCUUCGCCAAUGGCUGGAUCAAGGUCCCUGUGCGAUGAGCACUUGUCCAUGACCAUGACGCGGUUGCGCAAUCAACCAAUCAGAUCUUGGAUGUUGAUUGCCCUGCAUCUUAUCCAGCGAGAGUCCUGCGAGUUUGUACCUUCAUAUAUAGAGACAAGAGUUCUUGUUUGUGUAAGCAUAAUUGCAUGAUCAUAUGGUGUAUGUUUAGUAUGUAACUCAAAACUUUUGGAGCUCCUAAGUGUUUACCCUUUUGCAAUAUAACUUCAGUCUUCAGGCA